AUGUAUCAUAGUGAUAUCAUGUUGUUAUUGUCUACGCUGACAUUCAACAUUGUGCAGAAGAAGGAUAUAGAUACUUAUAAGAAUGAUAAGGAUAAAAAGAAUCAAAAGGAUAUCGAUCAGAACUUAAACAACAACAAUGAUGAUCAAUCAGUCAAAGGCGCACAAACAGAGAAUUCAGAGAAGGAUCAUGAGAGUAUUAUGACUGAACGUUUGGAGAAGGCCUAUUAUAACAAUCUGGAGGAGAAUAAGAAGCGUGCAGAGGCUGUUAGACAGGGCAUGAAACAUGCAUGGGAUAGCUAUGUAAAGUACGCCUGGGGCAAUGAUGAGCUGAAGCCAUCAUCACGUACCAGCAGACAUUGGUUCUUCAUGGGUCUCACAAUCGUUGACUCCCUCGACACACUCUAUUUGAUGGAUCUCAAGGAAGAGUAUAAGAAGGGUAGAGAUUGGGUUGCCAAUCAACAGAACCAUCACAAACAGACUAACGAAUACAUAUCAGUAUUUGAAUCAUUCAUUCGUUUGGUUGGAGGAUACCUAACAAUGUAUGAGUUGACUGGACAGAAGGAUAAGAUGUACUUGGAAAAGGCCAAGGAUAUUGGUGACAUCCUACUCGAUGCAUGGGACACUCCAGGCAUGGCAUUCCCAAAGCCUCAUCUCAAUGUAUUCAAACGCGAAACAUCCACACAUCCAGAUAAGCCACAUUGUCUGAUCUUGGCAGACGUUGGAACAACAUUCUUGGAGUAUACACACUUGUCAAAGGUCACUGGUAACCCAAUUUAUGCUGAAAAGGCCGAGAAGAUUAGGGAGGCAAUGGACUCGAUCCCAAAGAAGAGGGAGGGUCUCUACUCCAUCUGGCUAAAGGAUGACGCCUCUGGCUUCUGUACAGAUGAGUACUCUGCAGGUGCCAUGGCCGACUCCUUCUACGAGUAUCUCGUCAAGAUGUGGAUAUACACUGGCAAACAGAAUGAGGACUAUCGCCGAAUGUACUUGGAGUCUGCCAAUGGCAUCCUUGACAACCUAUACUUUGUAUCAAAGCGUGGUGAAGCCUACAUCACUCAGUUGAACUAUGGCAAUCCAUCACAUAAUAUGGAGCAUUUGAUGUGCUUUGCAGGUGGAAUGUUUGGUCUUGGCGCAGCAUCAAAAAUCACUAGGAAUGAGGCAGAGAAUGAGAGACAUUGGAACGCCGCGAUUGAGCUCACAAAGACAUGUGUGAUGACAUACUUGAACACUCAGUCUGGCAUUGGACCAGAGGUCACUCAUUUCAGUGACGACGGACGUAUGACACCACAGCUCUCUCAUUACAUCCUCCGUCCAGAGGUGGUCGAGUCUGUGUUUGUGAUGUACCGUCUGACGGGCGAUCCAAUCUAUCAAGAGUGGGGCUGGACCAUCUUUGAGGCCAUCGAGAAGCAUUGUCGCAUCGAGUCUGGUUAUGCCGGACUGCAAGAUGUCAACAACCCAGGUCGUGGCAAUGACGAUCUGCAACAGAGUUUCUUCAUGGCAGAGACACUCAAGUAUCUCUACCUCUUGUUUGCCGACCCAUCCAUCGUCCCAUUGGACAAGUACGUGUUCAACACUGAGGCGCAUCCAAUUCCCGUUACCAAAAUAAGAUCAUAA